ACAUAAAAAAAUUCACAAUAAUAUCAUGUGCGACAAAAAUAGCGACCAUUAUUAGUUCGACUCAGCAAAUAGUCGACAACAUCGAUGAGAAAUUUUUUUUCGGUGCGCAGUCACUAGUCGUACGAAUACACGCGUUUUCCUACGGUUUUCCUCUAGUUUUCCACUGUGGUUGUGUUAAGUAAGUGUAGCGAGGGGUGUUGUCGGACUAAUGCGAGGGUUUUUCUAUUUGGAUUUAAUGCGGUAUUACCAGAGGUGACGCAAAUGUUGAAGGUUCCAUGGUAUCGCGUAUAUUGCUUAUGGAAAGGACAAAAAAAUAUGUUAAUAUCCUGAAACGAGGCUGUCACAUAGACUGACUUCGCCCGUUCUUAGGACAAAUCCUUCUACCAAAAAAUGUCCUAAUAUGGGUCAGCAGUCUUGGAUGCUGGUGCGCAUGGCUACAAUAUUUUUUGUGACUAAUCAAACUUUAGCUCUAUCCGAUAUAUUUGAAGAAGGUAAAUCCGACAAAGAAAUUUUGGACAACCUUCUUAAAGCAACACGUUACGACAAGAGGCUUUUACCGCCUGUUAGAGAGUCUUUGACAGUUAACGUAAGUGUUUUACUUCUGAGUUUGGCAUCUCCGGAUGAGUCGAGUUUGAAAUAUGAAGUAGAGUUUUUAUUGCAACAGCAAUGGUACGAUCCAAGAUUGAAAUAUUCUAAUCAAAGCCAAUACGACUAUUUAAAUGCCAUUCACCACCACAGCGACAUCUGGAUUCCCGAUACCUAUUUCAUUAUGCACGGAGAUUUCAAGGACCCAAUUAUACCGAUGCAUUUCUCGCUGAGGAUAUACAGAAAUGGAAGUGUAAACUACCUUAUGAGGAGACAUUUAAUUUUAUCCUGUCAAGGAAGUUUAAAUAUUUUUCCCUUCGACGACCCAACGUGUACAUUUUCAAUGGAAAGUAUAUCUUAUGAGAUGACGGCAAUCAAGUACGUUUGGAAAAACGACGAAGACGUUUUACGUAAAUCCCCAAGCUUGAUGACUUUGAAUGCUUACCUCAUAAAUAAUUCAACAUUAGUGUGCCCAAUCAAAUCUAGCUGGAGAGGGAACUAUAGUUGUUUAAUGGUAGAAUUAAUAUUUACGAGAGAUCGAGCUUUUUACUUCACAACAGUAUUUAUACCAGGUAUAAUAUUGGUUACGUCUUCGUUUAUCACGUUCUGGCUAGAAUGGAAUGCUGUACCUGCCAGAGUAAUGAUUGGUGUAACAACAAUGCUCAAUUUUUUCACAACUUCAAACGGUUUUCGUUCAACAUUACCUGUAGUAUCGAAUUUAACAGCAAUGAACGUUUGGGACGGGGUCUGUAUGUGUUUCAUAUACGCUUCCCUUUUAGAAUUCGUAUGUGUUAAUUACGUCGGAAGAAAAAGGCCGUUACAUAAUAUCGUUUAUAGACCAGCAGAAAAUAUUUUAACACAGCAGAACAACAAAAAAAGAGAUUCAAUGGUUCCUAACGAAAUUAUCACGUGCACCAAUUGCGGACCAAAUCCAUGUACACACACUGCAAAUAACGGAUGUCCAGAGAUGGAGAAAAAAGAAAUAUCAAAAGAUUGAAUGUAUAAACGGAUGAAUGUAUGAAAGGUUAAGUGUGAAAGAAAAAGAAAUAUUUGAAAUAUCUUACGAAGAGAUGAAUAUUAACAUUCAACGUGUAAAUGCUUAUAAUUGAGGACCAUUCUGGUAGUAAAAACUGGUCGUAACAUGAAAAUAAUCAUAGGUUUGAGUGGUUAUUGACAAGAACCUAACCGUGUACAAAAAACAAAAUCAAUCAGCCGAACAAGAAUUUGUUAAAUUUGUACUUCUUCGUGGAAUGGCGAUUUUAAAUCAGGAACCGGUGACCAUAACCAUGUUCCACACAAAAUGGGAUUAAGAGGAUGAUAAUGAAACAAAGAUUGGCGGAAAAUUUAUCAAGGAUCCCCACCACAAGAUGGAGGUACAAAUUGUUGCAUUAGAGACCCAGAAAAUCUACGAAAAGUAUUUUAAAAAUGGCGGAACAAUUUACUUCCAUAGAUGGGCGCUUGAAACAGGCAACUUUAUCCAUCCAGUUAACGGCCAGUAGCUAAGAAUUAUUUUAUUUUCAAAUAGUAAUUAAAAUAACAGUAGAUAGUUAGUUAACCUCAAAAUAUUACAUUUGUUGAUAUUAUAUAACAUAUUAAAGUAGAAGUUCUUUGUGGUUUAUAUA